CACACAUAAAAUACUGUUUUUAACUAAACAAACAUGUCGCUUAUAAAGAAUUUGGUAAAAGAGCCCGAACAGAAGACAAAGAAAAAGAAAAAGGAUGCGGGAUCUGGAGAAAGCGAUUCCGAUGAGAAGGACAAGCCUCUGCGGCCAUUCAUCAAAACCGCCACAGAUCUACAGAGGCUGAAGCUGGAGAAGCUCAUGAAGAAUCCGGAUAAGCCCGUGGUCAUACCGGAGCAGCGCCGCGAACGGGACUUCAUGUCUUCGGUGCCCACGUUCGUGCGGAAUGUGAUGGGAAGCAGUGCUGGAGCGGGUUCCGGCGAGUUUCAUGUGUACCGCCACUUGCGUCGCAAAGAGUACGCCCGCCAGAAGAACAUCCAGAACCAGAGUGCCCGCGAAGCAGCAGAUGAAGCCUACCAGCAGAAGUUGGACGACAACAAGCGCGCGGCCGAGGAAAAGACUGCUAAGAAACGAGCCAAACGGUUGAAGAGAAAACAGAGGGCGAAAAAGCCGAGGGAGGACAAGAAGCCACUGGCUAAGGAAGCCUCAGAGGAUAGUAACACAGAUUCCGAGGCAGAGCCCACGGAAGAAAAGGCAGAAAGUAGCCCUGAGGAAGGACAACAGGGGGCCUCCAAGGAAUCCGACGACAAUAGCACUCAGGGAACUCCGAAUGAAGAGGCAGUGAAUUCAAAUACAGAAGCAAGCAGCGCGGAGUCUACUGCCAAAAGCUCAGAGGACACAAAUCCAGGGGAAUCAGUUAGCACUGAAGCUUCAAAGGAAUCCCAAAAUGUGGACCAAGAACAAGACAAGCCUGUGCCGUAGUACCUCCUGUUCUAUUCCUAUCAAUAAACCUAUCUAGAGUAAUAAAA